CAGUGUUGUGUGUGUGUUGUGUUGUGCUGUGUGUGUGUGUGUGCGAGGGUCAAUUGAGCAUUUUGUGAUAUGAGUGCUAAAUAUCUUAAAAGCAGCAGCAUCAGCAGAAUGCAUCCAGCGGGCGAAAAAAGGGGCGGUCGCCCCAAUGAUAAUUACACAGCGGAAGCCCUUGAGAGCAUCAAGCAGGAUUUAACGCGAUUUCAACUACAAAAUAAUCAUAGGAAUAAUCAGAAUAACACAGCUCUGCGAUAUACGGCGACAAAUGGACGCAACGAUGCACUUACUCCGGACUACCAUCAUGCCAAUCCACCGAUGGAGCCGCCGCCCUCGGCGUCCCCCUCCCCGGACGUGUCCAGUCCCCCGCCACCCGCCAUUGUAGGUCAGCCAGGCGUUGGAGUGGGAGUGGGAGUGGGCGUUGGUGUGGGAGUGGCGCUGCAGGCGAAUGGACAUGUGCCAAAGAUGAUGACCGCCUUGUUGCCAAACAAGCUAAUCCGUAAGCCGAGCAUCGAACGGGACACGGCGAGCAGUCAUUACCUGCGCUGCAGUCCAGCGCUGGACUCCGGGGCGGGCAGCUCCCGCUCCGAUAGUCCACACUCGCACUCGCACAGCCAUGCCCACACCCUCACCCACCAUGCCCAUCAGCCCAGCUCGCGUCCUGUGGGCGUAAAUGGCGUCAAUCCUGGCUUCUCGCCGUCACCCAGCGGCUUCAGUGAGGUGGCACCACCGGCGCCGCCGCCACGUAAUCCCACCUCCGUCAGCAGUGCGGCCACGCCACCGCCCCCAUCCGUGGUUGUCGGGAGUCAGGCGUAUGUGAAGCGACGUUCUCCAGCCUUGAAUCGGCCUCCGGCGAUAGCACCGAUAGCACCAAACAGUGCCUCGCAACGCGGCACCUCGCCGGUGAUCACCCAAAAUGGGAUCAAGACGCAGCAGCAGCAGCAACAGCAACUGCCGCAGCAGCAGCAACUAACGCAGCAAAUGAAGGCCCUUACCAUGUAUCCGGGUGGCAACAGCGGGGCGGUGGUGGAGCCACCGCCACCGUAUCUCAUCCAGACGGGUCAGGGUGUUGUGGGAGCACCGCCACCUCCGCCGCCCAGCUAUACGGCGUCCAUGCAAUCCCGUCAGUCGCCGACGCAAUCACAGCAAUCGGACUACAGGAAAUCACCGAGCAGCGGCAUCUACUCGGCCACAUCGGCGGGAUCACCCAGUCCUAUCACUGUAUCCCUGCCACCGGCACCGCUGGCGAAACCCCAGCCCAGGGUAUACCAGGCGCGGACGCAGCAACCGAUCAUAAUGCAGAGUGUGAAGAGCACGCAGGUGCAAAAGCCUGUGCUCCAAACGGCGGUGGCUCCGCAGUCGCCUUCGAGUGCGUCGGCAAGCAACUCGCCUGUCCAUGUGCUGGCGGCGCCUCCCUCAUAUCCCCAGAAGUCAGCGGCAGUGGUGCAGCAGCAGCAGCAGGCGGCAGCAGCGGCACAGCACCAGCAACAGCAGCAGCAGCAGCAGCAGCACCAUCACCAGCAGCAGCAUCAGCACCAACAGUCCAAGCCACCGACGCCUACGACUCCGCCACUGCUAAGCGGAGGAGGAGUGGGCAAGCCCACCUGCAUGGAGCCUCCUUCGUAUGCCAAGAGUAUGCAGGCCAAGGCGGCAACCGUGCAGCAGGUACAGCAGCAGGUGCAACACCAGCAGCAGCAGCAGCAACACCAGCAACAAACGCAGCAAUUCCAGGCUUUGAGGGCACUUCAGGCUCAAAGGGAACGGGAUCAGCGGGAGAGGGAACAACAGCAGCAGCAGCAGCAACAGCAGCAGAAGCUUACCAAUGGCAAUCCCAGUCCCAAUCCUCGACAGCUACCACCACCACCGCCAUAUCAGAGCAACAACAAUAAUCCGGAGAGCAAACCACCGCCACCGAACAACUGCAACAAUAAUAACAUACAGAUUAGCAAUAGCAAUCUGGCGACAACGCCACCGAUACCACCAGCGAAAUAUAGUUCCGGAACGGGAGCCAAUAGCUCUGGUGGAAGCAAUGGAUCCGCCAGUACCACCGCCUCAUCGGCAGCCUGCAAGAAGAUCAAGCACGCCUCACCCAUACCGGAGCGCAAAAAAAUCUCCAAGGAGAAGGAGGAAGAGCGCAAGGAUAUCCGCAUCAAACAGUACUCGCCGCAGGCCUUCAAGUUCUACAUGGAGCAGCACAUCGAGAAUGUGAUUAAAUCGCAUCGCCAGCGAACCUAUCGCAAGAACCAGCUGGAGAAGGAGAUGAUCAAGGUGGGUCUUCCGGACGAAACGCAAAUUGAGAUGCGAAAGAUGCUGAACCAGAAGGAGAGCAACUACAUCCGGCUGAAGCGUGCCAAGAUGGACAAGAGCAUGUUCGCCAAGCUAAAACCGAUUGGUGUGGGUGCCUUUGGCGAGGUGACGCUCGUUCGGAAGAUCGACUCCUCGCAUCACCUGUACGCAAUGAAAACCCUGCGCAAGGCCGAUGUCCUCAAGCGGAAUCAGGUGGCCCAUGUCAAGGCCGAAAGGGAUAUUCUCGCCGAGGCGGAUAACAAUUGGGUGGUGAAGUUGUACUAUAGCUUCCAGGACAAGGAUAAUCUUUACUUUGUGAUGGACUAUAUACCGGGUGGGGAUCUUAUGUCGCUGCUCAUCAAGCUGGGCAUCUUCGAGGAGAAACUGGCCAGAUUCUACAUUGCCGAGGUCACCUCCGCGGUUGACAGCGUCCACAAAAUGGGCUUUAUUCAUAGAGACAUCAAGCCUGACAACAUACUCAUCGACAGAGACGGACACAUCAAACUCACCGAUUUCGGCCUGUGUACGGGCUUCCGAUGGACGCACAACUCCAAGUACUAUCAGGAGAAUGGCAAUCACUCACGCCAGGAUUCGAUGGAACCUUGGGAGGAAUACUCGGAAAAUGGACCCAAGCCCACAGUGCUGGAAAGGCGGCGAAUGCGCGAUCACCAAAGAGUCCUGGCCCACUCACUGGUGGGCACUCCCAACUAUAUAGCGCCCGAGGUGCUGGAACGGAGUGGAUAUACGCAAUUGUGCGAUUACUGGAGCGUUGGCGUCAUCCUCUAUGAGAUGCUGGUGGGACAGCCGCCUUUCCUAGCCAACAGUCCACUGGAAACGCAACAAAAGGUCAUCAACUGGGAAAAGACGCUGCACAUUCCGCCGCAGGCUGAGCUAUCCCGCGAAGCCACCGAUUUAAUACGACGACUUUGCGCCUCGGCGGACAAGCGGCUGGGGAAGAGCGUGGAUGAGGUGAAGAGCCACGACUUCUUCAAGGGCAUCGACUUUGCCGAUAUGCGUAAGCAGAAAGCGCCGUACAUACCCGAGAUUAAGCAUCCAACGGACACAUCCAAUUUCGAUCCCGUGGAUCCGGAAAAGUUGCGCUCCAACGAUUCCAAUAUGAGCAGCGGCGACGAUAUCGAUCUAAAUGAUCGACAGUUCCAUGGAUUUUUCGAAUUUACCUUUAGGCGAUUCUUCGAUGACAAACAGCAUCCGGAUAUGACGGACGAUCAGGCGCCGGUCUAUGUCUGAGUGUGCUGAUUCGAUCAUUGUUAGUCAAAUAGUCACAAAAAAGAAGAUGAGAACGGGGUGACUAAGAUAUGAAAACUAUAUAUAUUAUAUAUAAAUUAUAGGAGAAAGUAGCUAGCGAAGGAGCAAACAAGAACUACACAUAAUAUAAAUAUAUAUGCUUGAGAGCAUGAACUGAAUAAAUUUAAAAAUUAAACGGAAUAUGUAGAGAAGCAGGACCUUGGCCUUUUUAACAGAAUGUAUACAAAUCUUUUAAAAAACUAUAGAAAUAUUUAAAUUGUUACUGAAACGAGGGGACCAACUUGGAAAAUCCAACAUUUUCAGGUGCUCAAAAAGCUAAACAAAUAAAAAUCAAUGCCUUAAAAAGAAAACGAGAUGAGAACGCGAAUUUAACCAAGCCCUACUCCACACUCCAGUCACCACUCUCCACUUGCUUCCACCUCCAAUCUGGAAUUCCUGGACCUUAAUUCAGCAGGCUGGUUAAAUCUAGGCUCCAUUUGGGAUGUGUGCGUGUGCGAUGGAGUGGCGGAAAUGGAGGCAAAAAAACACAAAAGUCGCACGGCAGCGCGAUAUAAGCGGGUCUUAUAAGCCUAAUUAAAUCUAAAUCUAGGAGAAAAGAACAGAGCUCUAUCUCUACCAAAUCCAUCAUCUAUCACUGCUCUUGGAAAAAGUCCUUUUACCCCCCCAAAAAUAUAAAGAACAAACUUAGAGAUACAAUGUUAGACCAACAAUUUGUUGAAUGCCAAAUCAAAAAACAUAAAAUAUUAUUGUAACGAUAAAUUCAACACAAAAAUAAUGAAACGAGGAGAGACGAGAGAAAAUGCUAAGGAAAUUGUAAUUAUUUUUUAAUGUAAUAAUGUAAUAUUGUAAAGCAAAACAAGUUAAUUUGUAAUUUAUGCCUAAAGUUGAGUAUAGCGCCCUAAGAUGUUUUUUAGUUUAUAGUGACCGCCUCUAACCGUAAUCUAGUUUAAUUCCCUUAUAUAAAUAUUUAAGCGAGAGAAGAGUACAUGCAAUUUUUUUGUUUUGUCGUAGGUUCGUUGGAAAACGCAAAGAAAAAUUAAUUGGAAACUGGAAUUUGUUUUUUUCUAUUUAAUUAGCCUCAGUUUUGUGUAUGUGUGUGUGUUUUUUAUUAUGAAUAUAUAUAUCAAUUAAAGUAUAUAUUUUAAAAGUGAGGGGAGAAUAAAUCGAAGCUAAUUGAUGGGAAAUGCAAAUGCAAACUCUGUGUGUGCCUUGGCCAAUUAGUUUACUAAAAA